CCAGAAAAGGUGUCAUUCAGCCGCUAUUUCCUGUAACAGGAAGUUAAUCUACUUUCACUUUGGGGUUAUAAAUUCUGAUCAUAACCAGCUGCAGAGACAUCACCCUGAGCACUUGUCUCAGCUGGGAGUACAUUUGGUAAGCAAAUAUAACACUUCAUAAUUUUCUACACUACACGUUUAUUUUUGUCCUCAUUUUGUUGUCAGCUAUAAACAUUUGAUUUUACUGUUCCAUCUACAAGGUUUAAUGGGUGUUUUACAGAACAUACACGUCUGUGUUGUUUGCAAGAAAAGAGAAGAAAUAAAAAUAUGAGAUUUUGUAUUGGAGACAUUGGAGGUUAUUUGCCUACAUAUUUUUUAAAAUAUAUUUUUCUUAGCUUGUUCAGGAACCUGGUCUGAUAAUGAAAUUAUAUUAUGGCAAUUGCUGGUGGGGAGGGGAAGAUCCCACCUCCCACAUUGUCCAGUUCCCAAAGCUGUGCAAUCUGUCUCCGAUGGGGUCUACUACUGUGUCUGUUUUCAGUGGAAUUUCACGAUUAGAAUUAUUCUAUAUGAGGAGUAGUAUAUGAAGAGUAGUAUUGCCUCAGCACUGUGAAUACAUAUACAGAGGUGCAUUCCUCUGUAUGGUACCCCUCCCAGUGUAUAGGAACAGCAUGCAUAAACCCUGUCCUUUAGAGUCGAGUAGUAUUAUGAGGUAUGUUGGUCUGCUGUCUAUUUAAUCCAUUUUUUAAGUAUAUUUAUGUAGUUCUUUUAACAAUGGACAUUUUCACAAAGCAGUUUUACAGAAGUCCAGAUAUAGAUUUAAAUUCCCCUAAUGAGGAAAACAGCUGACAUUAGGAAGAAAUCUUUAGAGGAACCAGACUCAAAAGGGAACCCAUCCUCUUCUGGGUGACACCAUAUAGUGAGAUUAUAAGUCAUUACCCAUCCACAGGUUUGUACUGUCGAGAUAAGCAGUGUUAAGUGUGAGAGGAUCUUGAGUAUGAGCCUCAGAGUCAUUUCUGAUUUCUUUAGAGUUUUAACUUUAAGUGUGAAUUGUGUAUGGGGGACGGGGGUAAAAUAAAAUAGUAGUAUUUUAUAAUCAAUGCAACAUUUUGGUCAAAUCUUCUGGUUCUAGUAAGGACUCUGGUUGCUGCAUUCUGGACUAAUCAGAGCUUGUUUCUCCACCUGCUGGAACAUCCAGACAGCAAGGCAUUACAAUAAUCCAAACUAAAGGUGACAAAAGCAUAAACUAGUUUUUCUGCAUCAUUUCUUAUCUUAGCAAUGUUUUAUCUUAGCUAUUUCUGAGAUGAAAAUGGCUAUCCUAAUAAUAGUAUCUACAUGAGCUUGGUAAACAACAAGGUAUUUUACUGCUGCACAUGGUAUAACUGAAUGGCCAUCCAUAGUUACUACAUAAUCACAAAGCUUACUUUUAGCUGCAUUUGAAGUAAAGUAUUUAUUUAUUUUCAGAAUUAAGUAGAAGGAAGAUACUAAGCAUCCAGUGUCUAACAUCCACAUUCCGAAUCUAUUCAAAUAACAUUCCUCAACUUUAUUAAGCUGGUGUCUCUCAUAUGGCAUUGAUGGAGCACAUAGCUGUGUGUCAUCAGCAUAGCAGUGUAAGCUAAUACCAUGUUUACAAAUAAUUUGACUUAGAGGUAGAAGAUAUGGAGAAAAGAGCAGUGGGCCUAAAAUAGAACCUUAUGGAACACCAAACUUUAUUAUGCAUAGUGAAGCCACCAUUUGCAUCUACAAAUUGAUAACAGUCCGUUAAAUAAGACCUGAGCCAAGGAAGGGCUGUUUCCCUAAUUGCAACAACUUUUUCUAGUUUAUCUAUUAUGAUAAUUAUGAUAAAUGAUAUCAAAAGCUGCAUUAAGGUCAAGCAACACAAACAGGUAGGUAGGUAAUUCACUACUUUAACCAGCACUGUCUUAGUACUGUAAUGAAACCCUGAAUGAUAGAUUUCAUGAAUGUUAUUGCCAUGUAAGUAUAAGCCUAACUGCUGUGCUAUGUCACCGUGCUGCAUUGGGAUAGGGCUAGAGCAUAUUACAUCAUCAUCCAUUGUCUUUGCUAAUUUACAUACAUCUUAGUAACUUCUGAUUGAUGAAGCUGCAUAUCCUUAGCUCCUCCGAACUUCAAAAAUAGCUCUUUACUUGCCUAAGACCCUGUGUCCAGAAGGAGUGGAGGCUAAGCUCUGGAUUUCUGCCCCUGUAAUAUAUAACAGACGGCUUUUAGCAAUCAACCAUUGAAUGUGAGCAAUUGUAUAUGAUGAAGGCUGAUUUAGUCUCUAGGCUACUGGGUUAACUUGUUUUAAACUUUUGAUAGGACCAAUGAAUCCAAUCUCAAUUUUAGGUCUCAGUUGAAUGGCUAGACCAUUUGUCUGGGACAUAAGUGAGGCAAUAAAAAGGUUUAUCUUAUUUGUAGGUGAGGUCUGUGGCACGGCAUUGCUCAGAUCUUAUAUUGUAUUAUAGCUAUUUGUGAGUCCAAUGGGUAAGAAGGUGAGGGAGUUUUCCGAAUAUUCUGCCCAAAAUUUUGAGUUUGAGAUUACACUGGUUAUAGAGAUAGAGCUAGUGGAAACUGGGGGAAAACAUACUUUAUUCAUGCAUUUUGAGAAAUUAACAAAUGUAAUACAAGCAUAAUAAAUAAUAAAAAUGAACAGUAGUUCACAGUAAUUAUGAUUGGCAUUCAAUAGCUUAUGCUUGUCAAUGAGGUCUAAAAUAUUACUACAUAUAAUACUGGCAGCAGUAAAGCAUGAACUAUCACAGGGGUUUUCAAAUCUGCAUCAAAUCAUGUUCUGUAUUUCUCCAAGUAUUUCUGAAAAUCUGUAAUUACCAACAAACCUAUGAUGAAGAAACACAGAUGAAAGUAUAAACUACACACUAGCAUUUUAGAGUAUUAAAUGUUUGUUCUAAUAUUUAUUCAUGUUUUUUUAUUAUUAUUAAUUUCAUACUAUGCUAAUAUACUUUGAUUAAUAAUACUUUGUAACUGCAAGCCAACUACCGGUGUCUAAUUAAACAUGUUUCCUUUUGUAAAAGACUGUGGCUCAGGAUCCACACAAAUGGAGUUAAAGCAGCUCAAAGAUGAUUUUCGUGCAUUUUUUAAAAGACUGGGACUUGAAAAGUACUACCCAAACAAGCUGACUCAGAGGUCUUUGCUGGAGAUCAACAGUGCCAGUGUAUCUGAUGAAGAGGUUCACUCAAUACAAGCCUUACCAUGGGCUUUCCUACGCAAAUUACUGAUGGCUAAUUCAAAUUCAAGAUCUUUAUGUGUACCUGGUGAAAAUAAAGAAACAGAUGACAUGUUUGCUGAGCAGAGCUGUGAUGCUACUCCAAAUCUUCUAGAUCUCCACACUGCCCUCUUUGUCUGUGCAGACAGUUUCCUUCAGCAACAAAUAGCACUUAAAAUGUCAAUGUGCCAGUUUGCAAUACCAUUUCUGUUACCUCCUGGAGUACAUGAUCAAAGCACUCUUAUGUUAUGGGCUCUUAGAGGUAUCCUGAAAGAAUGGCGUCCACAUUCAAUGUCAGAAUCUAAAGGGUUUGUUGAGGACAGUGUUGUUCAUGCAAAAAUUCCCUUGAUAUCAUUUGUGAGGUUAAGCAACUGCAGUUUGUCCAAGUCACAGGUUUUGAACCAAGUGCUCAACAAGUCACAGCAGCACCAUGACUUCUUUUCACAUCGAGAAAUGAUUGGAGGAUCUGCUCGAAGGGUAAUCAGUAAUGGGAUGGUUGAAAUCUGCUGGAGUCUGCCAUGUGGAAACAAUAGUAUCGAUGUCUUUCCUGAACCAGUGGCUAUUGCUAAUUUAAGAGGAGAUGCUUUCACUUUUGUAACACACUUCAGUUUCCUUACUCAGGUGUCAACAGCUGUCUUUGUGUUCCUAGACAGUGUUGACAAAAAUGAGCAAAGGUUGUUUGACUCUUUACAAGGAAUGAAAACUAAUAUCUUUCUUGUGGUUAAUGCUCAGAAAAAUAUGAGCCAGAAUGUGAAGUCUUCUAUCAAAGCAGCAGUUGAUACUCUGCAAUUGGAAAAAAAUCACACCAUUGUUAAAAGCCAAACAGUGAAUAUGGCUAAUUUCUCAAAUAUGAUCAGUUCUGCCAUUAACAAAGUGCUAAGUGAGAAUCACAGAUCAUCAAUCACAGAAAUUGAGAGUAUGAAGAAAAUUGCUCAGGAAUUUGGUCUUUGCAUUGAUGAAUGUGAAAACAGAGCCUGUGAAUCAGCAGAGGAAAAAGCAGAGAAAAUCAUGAAAAGUAUUGGAGUUCGUCAAAUAGUGGAAUAUAAAAAGACACGGCUGCCACUGCAAGGUGAAAAUUGGAAAAGACUGGCUCAGAUAGAAAAAGAGGAAUGCCGAUUACAACAACCAGGAGGGUUGACUUUGGAGGAGUAUAAGGUCAAACUUCAAAAAGACAAAGAUGACAUUUGGAAGAAACAAAGCAACUAUAAAUUGACAGAAACAAUGGACAUCUUAAUAAAGGCAUUAUCAAACUCUGAUGACAUUGAGCGAGCCUUUUUUCUCAGAUGGCUGGGACUAAAACUGGACAUGCGAUCGCGCAAAGACAUGUCAAACCUACGGAAAGAAUAUUCAAAGUGUGAACAACAAAAGGACAGAGAUGGUAUAGUUCGAAUAGACCAGGAGCUUCUUGAUUGUUCUCUUGGCAUAGAGCACUACAUGAGAGAAAUGGGACAAAUCUAUGAGGUUGCUUCAUUUGGUUCAACUAAAAAGUCUGACAGAAUAAGCAGUCUCCCUACUCUGGCUGCCAAAAUGCUUCUAGCUGGGUUUCCUCUUGAACUACUCGAUGGAGAUGCAUCAAAUAUCCCAGAGAAAUGGGUGAGUGAUGUUCUCAUGGAGCUUCACAGGAUGGUUGGCCAGAAGAGCCAUUUGCUGGUUAUCACUGUGUUAGGGGUUCAGAGUACGGGUAAAUCAACACUGCUCAACACUAUGUUUGGAGUUCAGUUUGCAGUGAGCAGUGGACGAUGCACACGUGGAGCAUUCAUGAUUUUCCUUCCUGUGGGCAAAGACUUGAAGGAGGAGUUACUUUGUGACUUUGUCCUUCUGAUUGAUACAGAGGGUUUGAAAUCACCAGCACUGGCACAACUGGAAGACAGUUAUGAACAUGACAAUGAGUUGGCCACAUUUGUGAUUGGUCUGAGUGAUGUAACCAUCAUUAAUGUAGCAAUGGAGAAUUCCACAGAGAUGAAGGACAUCUUACAGAUAGCAGUUCAUGCUUUUUUACGGAUGAAGGAAGUUGGUAAAAAAACAGUCUGCCACUUUGUCCACCAAAAUGUUGCUGGUGUAUCUGCAUAUGACAAAAACAUGACAGACCGAAAAAAGCUCCUGGACCAAUUAAAUGAGAUGACAGUGAUUGCGGCUGAAAUGGAAAAGCAGCCUAAUGUGAAGAAAUUCACAGAUGUAUUGGAUUAUGAUGUGGAAAAGAAUAACUGGUAUAUACCAGGUCUAUGGCAUGGAACACCACCAAUGGCACCAGUUAAUACAGGCUACAGUGUAGCUGUGUUGGAUUUUAAGAAAAAACUCUUGGAAAUGCUUAAAGUGAGAAAAGAUGAACAACCUUCCCAGAUCCCAGAGUUCCUGCAGUGGAUGAGUAACUUGUGGAAGGCCGUGAAGUUUGAGAACUUCAUCUUUAGUUUCAGAAACACUCUUGUGGCCCAUGCCUAUGAUAACCUUUGCAGAGAGUUUUCUGAAUGGGAAUGGUCUUUCAGAAGACAUAUCCUCGCUUUGUUUGCUAGUGCAGAAGUUCAAAUAUCUAACACUGAAAGCAGCAGUGUUCAUGAGGUUGUUGAGGCACUUCAAAAUAAUUCACAUAAAGAGAUUGCAGUUCAAACAAAAGAAAUUACUGACAAAUUGAAAGACUACUACAAAAGGAAAGAUCAUAAUGUGCAUUUAGUGGUAAAGUACAAAGCUGAUUUUUCCAAUAGCAUUAAAUCUCUGGAGAAAGAAAUGAAGCAGGAUGUUAAACAGAGAUUAUUUACUGCUGCUGAGAAGAGGAGAAACAAGGAGAAAGUUGAAGAGAUUCAAAAUAAGCAAGCUGCUAUGAUUGAGUGUAAAGUUCGGCAGUUACUGCAGAAUUACAAAGAUCGUAACGAUGCAGUGUCUGAUGAUGACCUCAUGGCUGAUUUUGAGAGAAUGUGGAAUAGAGAAGUGGCAAACAUCACUGGUCUAAAAGAAAAAGAUGUUCCCGCUGAUGUUUUGAAGCAACUGCGAGCAAGUUUAGGAAAUCGCCAAGUCAUGGAGGAUUUGCAGAACGUUAAGAGUUUGACACAAUAUGGGCAAGAAGAUUUCAAGGCCAAGAAAAGACAUGUAAACUUGGGGAAAAAAAAUGAAAAAACAAAACAUUUUCUUAAGACAAAAAGUCUAAAACAAGACCUACAGAUUGUUGCAGUUGAUGUCAUUACCAGUUGUAGUAGGAUGAUUGAACAGUUCACACAAUCCAAAAGUGAUUACCAAGAGACAUUUACAAAAGAUGUGCUUGAUGAAAUUGAUGAACACCUUAAUAAAGCAGGCUCCAAAUUCAAUACCAAAUUUGAAUUUGACCUGAAAUUGCACAUUUGUGGCAUUGCCUCUCGGAAAUUCCUUGAGAUGCACAGGAAGUAUCUCACUGAGCAUGAUCCAUUAAAUCAUGUACAGAAAUUUAAGAGGCAGUAUCUCUCUGAUUUCAUUGAUUUGUACAGAAAGAGGGACCAGUGCCAGAGGAAAGCACAAGACUUCACUCAGCUCUGUCUCAAGCCAGCAGUGACUGAGUACAUCGACCAGUCCCUCGGACCUGACAUUAUUGAUGCAGUUUUGGAGUAUAAGUCUACUGAGUAUAGUUCACGAACGCUGUUUCAGUACACCAUCCUGAAGGAACUACUGGAAAAAUCCAACUUCAGUGACUUUGUAGAGUAUAGUUUGCAUUAUGAGAAUUAUGUCAAAGACUGGAUAUACAAUCACAUCAUUAAAUGUUUCUCCAAAGACAUUUCUUUGCAAGAAUUAAAAAUGAAGAAGCUGGACAGAGUAGUUAAAAAGAUCACUAACGCAAUAGAAGCAUCUAAGCUGGAAGCCAAUGGGUCUCCUUUGCCCAAUAAUGCAGAAGGUACUACAGUUUUGAUCAAGAACCUUUGCAAAGCUUUGAGUGAUGUCAUCUCAAUAUCCAUGAGCGCAGUGGAGAGGGUCCUGUUUCAGAACACAAGCUGUUGUGAACCAUUCACCAAAAGUCUCUAUGAAUGUAUUGAUGACCUGAAACAGCAAAUAGCAAAGGAGAUCUCAGAGUCAACUGAUACCACUGAGACCCUGAACAAUGUGCCUGUAAAACCCCAAGAUGAGCUUUUCAAGAGGGUGUUUGGUUGUGGAGUGCAGUGUCCAUUUUGCAAAACACCAUGUGAAGCAGGUGGGAAGGAACAUCAGCUACACCAUGCAGCUGUACACAGACCAAAAGGACUUGGCACCUACAGAUUCUUAAAGACUAAUAUCCUUUGUGAAGAGAUUUGUACAUCUAGUGUUCAUGGCAAUGGGACGUUUCAUAACCAUGAAACAAAUUACCAACCUCAUCCGUACAAAGAUUACCGGAAAUAUUACCCAGACUGGCAUAUUGCACCUGACAUGUCUAUAGAGGCCUCAGAUUACUGGAAGUAUGUGCUGGUGACAUUCAAUAAGCAAUUUGCUGAACGGUAUAAAGCAUUGCCAGCUGUGUAUCCAGAUGCGUGGAAUGGAAUCACUAAAGAUCAGGCUUUUAUUAGUCUGAAGCAGAUGUUUAAUAUUCAAUAAUGGAUGACCUGCAAAAUAUCACUGCAAAAAUAUUGCCAUUUGUGAAGAGGACAACUCCAUCACUCACAGUUCCAUCACUAAUGUUAUCACUCAGGUGAAUCAGGAACUGGAGCGCUAAUUAUGUCUGACAAUUGAACUUCUACUGAAUUACUAUUAUCUAAAUAUAGAAUCAAUUUUACUAAAAGUUAUUUUCGGGGAUUUAAAUGGUUUCUUUUAAACAUUAUAUCUGUAUGUCUACAAUGAUAAACAAUUUUUAAAAGUGUAGUUAGGCUUGUUAUAACAUUUUGGUGAUUGGAUUAUUUCUGUGUUUGUGAUGUUAAUUCAAAUGUUACAAUUAUGUUUAAUAAUCACUUGGUUACAAUUGUUACAAAUCUUUGUUAUAAAUGUUACAGUUAUGUUUAUUAAUUACUUUCUGAAAUUAAAAUGAAUGGAUUAUUCAGAACAUAUUGUAUGAAUGUAUGAGUAUAUUCAUAAACUGAAUAAACAAUUCAUACCAUAAAUAUAUCAAUCUGUCAAUCCAAAUUGGUUGCAAGGACAAAUUUUAUUGCAGUAUGAAUUACAAAUAAACGAAUACAUAAUACAAUAAACUAAUAAUUUCUCAUAUUUAUUCAAUUUAACACUUCUACAAUCAUACAUACAUAUUAGCCAUUGCACUGAAUGGGUGCCAUUUCUGUCCCCAGGGCCUUAUAUAUACAAAUAUGCAUGAAAAUUAACUGAAAAAAAAACAUCUUAUCAAGCAAGUUUAGUGGUUAGCACGCUCGCCUCACACCUCCAGGGUCGGGGGUUCGAUUCCCACCGUGGCCCUGUGUGUGUGGAGUUUGCAUUUUCUCCCCGUGCUGCGGGGGUUUCCUCCACGUACUCUGGUUUCCGGAGUGCACCAGGUAGUGUUGUCACCUUAAAGCUCCAGGUUCCCUGGUUUGAUCCAACUACAAGCUUGCAACUUUAAAAAACAAUUAAUCAUUGUAAAGCGCUGUUGUUUCUAAGAGUGAUGAGAUGACACUCAGUAGAUGUACCUGUACCCGUACAGUUGGACAUUCCACUAAUUAACUGCAUGACAAGUUUGAUCUGAAAUGAGAUGAACUUAAUAUUUUGUGAAACUGAAAUAUCCUGCUGCUUACAGGGUUCUUAAAUAUUAAUAAAAUAA